AUGUUAGAAUUAUCUCCACGUCCAUCAUCAUCAUCUAUAGGUAUUGGUAUUUCAAGACUAAUAGGUCAAGAAGAUGAACCUCUCGAGUUAAAUCCUUCGAAUGUAGUAAAUAACGCCAGCAACAUUGACGUAACUAGUGGUGACCAUUUAACAAAUCAUUUAUAUAAUCAAUCAAAUGGUGAUUUAAGAAGUUCUCAUGGAACAAGAUCUCCAUAUUUACUUGACCUGGGGCUAUCAAAAUCUUUUAUGUCUCUUGUAUGGCUUGCAGGUCCACUGGCAGGUCUUCUUGUACAACCUUUAGUUGGCGCGCUUUCAGAUAAUUCAACUUCAAGAUUUGGUCGUCGGAGACCUUAUAUUGUCGUUGGUAGUCUUGCUGUUGUACUUUCUUUUAUAUUUAUUGGUUGGACAAGAGAAAUUGCAAACCUAUUUUUCACUAAUAAUGAAUCAGCUAACACCGUUGCUAUGUGGUUGGCUGUCUUUUCCCUUUAUGUUCUUGAUUUUGCCAUUAACGCCGUAAUGGCAGGUUGUCGAGCUUUAAUCGUUGAUUCUUUACCACCUUCACAACAAGAGGAAGGUACUGCAUGGGCCGGUAAAAUGGUUGGAAUAGGAAGUGUCGUGGGUUAUUUUAUGGGAUAUAUUGAUUUGGUGUACUUUUUUCCUUUCUUCGGUGGAACUCAAUUACAAGUACUAUGUGUUCUUGCAAGUUUAAUACUACUCGCUUCUGAUGCAUUAACAUGUUGGGCCAUCUCAGAAAAAAUAUAUAAAAACAAUUCAAGCGCAUCGAUGUCAAUAUGGUCAUCUAUCAUAGAAGUAUCUUAUUCAAUUGCAAAAGCAUUUAAUACUCUUCCAAAACAAAUUCAAUUAGUAUGUAAUGUUCAAUUAUUCGCUUGGAUGGGUUGGUUCCCAUUCUUGUUUUAUUCAACUACUUGGGUAGCUGAACUUUAUAUUCAUACAAGACAAACCCAGCCACCUUCUUUAAAUUUAAGUGAAGAAGGUAAAAGAGCUGUAACUUCUUCUGUUUCAAUUCCUUUUAAAUUUGAUUGGAAAUUAUUUUUGAGAUUACCUUGGGGUUUUUUAUCUUUAUCAAAAUUAUGGACUAUAUCCCAUUUUAUUUUUGCUUUUGGAAUGUUAUCUACUAUGUUUGUUUCAAAUAUUUUUCAAGCUGAUUUGGCUAUUGCUUUAUGUGGUAUAUCUUGGGCUGUUGCUAUGUGGGCUCCUUUUUCAAUUAUCGGUGAAUUUGCUGCAAAAAGAACUAAAAUUGGUGGUACCAGUAAUACUUUUCCUAUUACUCCAUCAACUACUACUUCUAGAAAUGCUUCUUUAACUAGAUUAGUUGGUCCUUUACAUAGAAUUGAUGAUGAUGGUAUUGAAUAUGAAGAAUUAGAAAAUAUUCGUGAAAUUUCUGUUAUUGAUGAAAAUGAUAAUUCAGAAGAUUUACAAUUCUUAGAUCAUAAUCAAUUAGAUGAUUCUUCUUCUUUUAGAAGAGAUAGAUCUAUUCGUAAUGAUCCUUCUAAUUAUGGUUCUGAUGCUGGAAAAUUAUUAGGAAUUCAUAAUAUUUAUAUUGUUAUACCACAAUUCAUUGCUACUUUUUUUAGUAGUGUAGCUUUUGCUUUAUUAGAAGGUCCUUCUAAUGAUCAUUUAAAUGAUGGUAGUAAUGGUACUACAAAUAAUGAUCCAAUGCAUUUAAAAUCACAUGGUGAAUUGAAUGCUGGUGCUGAUUCUAUUGGUUUUGUUCUAAGGUGUGGUGGUUGUAUGGCUAUUAUUGCUGGAUUUUUGAGUAUGAGGUUAUGGAAAUCAAAAUGA